AUGGGCGGACUGUGGACCGGCAUCCGCCCUGUCCACCUGUACCCCACCAGCCAGAUGGUGUCCAAGUACAGCGGCAUGGUCAUCCAGCCCAACAAGGCCAUCGUGGGGGCCAACGCGUUCAGCCACGAGAGCGGCAUGCACCAGGACGGCAUGCUCAAGCACAGGGAGACGUACCAGAUCAUGACACCUGAAACCAUCGGCCUGCAGCCCAAGGGCGAGGACGCAGGCAUCGUGCUGGGCAAGCACAGCGGCCGCCACGCGCUGUCGGCGCACAUGAAGGGCCUGGGGUUCACGCUGACUCAGCAGGAGCUGGACGACCUCUUCAAGAGGUUCAAGGCCCUGGCUGACGGCAAGAAGGUCAUCACUGACGACGACCUGCUGGCGCUGGCGGGGGACGAGGCCACGUCAGCGUCGGCCGCGCAGGGCUGGGAGCUCGUGGACCUGCAGGUGGUCCGCGGCCGCGACGGCACCAAAACGUGCCUCGUGAAGAUGAACGGCCCGGACGGCAUCACGUACUCUGAGAUCGGCCGCGGCCCGGGCCCCGUCGCCGCCGCCUACAAGGCAAUCGACGCGCUCAUGCACGCGGAGGCUACCCUCAUCGAUUACAGCGUGCAGAGCGUCACGGAGGGCAUCGACGCGCUCGUCACGACGCACAUCACCAUCAGGCCCCCGGGCGCCGCGCGCGACGUGACGUCAUCGAUGGACUGCGACAUCGGCCACUGGGCCAGGGCCGGCAGCGCCGGGCGCGUCUUCGCGGGCCAGGGCACUGAUGUGGACAUUGUCAUCUCUUCCGCCAGGGCGUACGUGGCCGGCCUCAAUAAGAUGCUCGCUUGGCAAAAGGCGCAGCAGCAGGCCCUCGCCCGCGGCGGCCACACCGACAGGGGCGCCGCCCCCGCGGCGGCAGCGGCGCCCGCAGCGGCUAGCGACAGGAGCGACGGCGAGCGCCCGCCGUCGCGCACCGGGCGCGGCAAGCUGGUCGGCGUCUGA